UGGUUCUUUAGCAUCAAGUUUGAUUGUGAUGAGAAGAUGUUUAAGGUUACUACACACACAGUUGAGAAAUGUAAGAAGAUUUAUAGUUUUAUGGCUGAUUUAUUGGAAAUGGAUUUGUAUAAGUUCAAGUUUGAUCUUGUUGGGGUUGAUGAGUUUUGUAAGGUUGUUUAGAAAAAAUACAAAAGAGCUGCUUUUUUUGUAUAGUCAAAAGAGUCCAAGGGUAUCGAAGGUUGACUAUGUUUAUAAAAGGAUUUCCAAGAGUGUCCAAGAGUGUUUAAGGGUGUUAAAAGAUGUUUAAGGAUGUCCAAGGGAGUCCAAGAGUGUCCAAGGGAGUCCAAGAGUGUUUAAAGGUGACCAAGGAUGUCCAAGGGAGUCUAAGAGUGCCUAACGGUGUUCAAAAGUGCUCAAGGUCGUUCAAAUGUGUUUAAAGAAGUCCAGAACAGUAGAAGAAAGAUACAAGCGAGUCAAGGGGUUUAGUGAGAGUCCUAAGAGGUCAAGCAGACCCUCAAGAUUAAAAUAUAUAAGUUUAAUUCAGCUUGAUGACGCAUAAAACCACAAAAAGUUCAAAAAUUAUUUUUUUUUUCAAGACUAAGAUGAAAGUUAAGGUCGUAGUUCAGUGUUGUCCAAACAUUUUGGAGCCAAGGCACACCUGAAGGGUAACCCAUGACCGAAGUUGCACACCGUAUGCGGCUCAUGUCAGUUUCUACGGCAAAGUAUUGUGCCGCGGUACACAGUUUGAACAACACUGUCGUAGAUCAAAUUAAUCCCUCUUCAUAAAUUUCCAAAACCACAUCAACGGUUGAAAAUAAUUCAAAAUCUUCAACUUUACCUGAAAUUGCAUCCAAAAACUUUAAAAGUAACAAACUUUAAUUUCUUAAAAGUUUAUAAAAAUUCGUAAAUAAUCUCAAUAUGUUAAAUGAUAUUUAAUCACAACUUAAUUGCAUAAAGCACAUCAUUCAAGUUCUUACGUUGGUAAACAAUUAUCAAAGCUAUCAAAAACUAUUAAAUUGUCAUAUUAAAGUUUAAUAAAUAAUAUAAAAAAUGCUGAAACGCAGAAGCGAAAGAAGUCAUUCGAAAACUAGAAGUAAAAUUCAAAAGACUUCAACAUUAGCACAGGAAACGAACCACAAUGUCAACCUCCCACAAAUCCCAGUCGAAAUCAUCACCAACAUCAUCUCAUCCCUAACCGACACCAAUGACAUCAAAAACUGCAUGAAUCUAUCAAAAGAAGUCAGCAGCUUCAUCUUCAGAACCCCAAAAAUCGUCCAUCGAUUCCAAUUCAACCUCAACUGCAUCCUCGAGUACAACGAGUCUCUUGACUUCCUCAAAAAUAAAGGCAGACACGUUAAAUACUUAAAAGUUAAUUUCGAUUCCGAUGGCAUGAAAAUUAUGAAAAACUUAUUCAGUCACACGCCAAAUUUAAAGGAAUUUGCAAUUGUAAAUCAAAGUCCACUGCCACCACUGCCAACUGUUCGUAGAUGCUUUUGUUGUGGAAGUCGUCAGUUCCAUGGAGUUCCAUCAAAACAGCAAGAUUGGGUGCGAUUCACAAAACAAUGUUGGAUGCCAAGAAAAGGCUCAGUUCCGUUGCCAGGAUUGAAGGUUUUGGAAAUUGAGUUGAGAGAUUUGGAUGACUUUAUUAGAUCCACAAAGUAUGUGAGAAGCUUAGAAGUUUUGGUCAUUAAUGUGUCAACAUUAAGUGAUCAAAGGAUCAUGAAUGAGUUCAUCAUGCAGCAAGACAAUCUCAAGGAACUGACGCUACAAAGCAUUGGAAGGCUUGGAGCAAUCAGAUUCCCAACAAGAAAUGUCACUAAAGAUGUCAGAUUCAGACUCAGAAAGCUGAAGAUCCUCACAAAUGGUAGAAUGAUUUACAGCGACAUGGUUGACGGCUUCCUGCAGACACAAGCUAACAGCUUAGAGGAAAUGGAAUUUGACUUUUCACUUCGCGACUCAAAUUUGAACAUAAUUUUCAACAGAUUCACAAGAUUGAGGAAGUUUAUCCAGACAACAGAUGCAGAGAAUGUGCUUAUUAGAGAAUCAGGUGUGAUUUGGAGGACAUUGAAGCAUGUGGCUUACUAUGAAGACAUGAAUGUUGAAGGAAUCAGACUUAAUCGAGUUUGGAAUUCAUUUCCAAAAAUAAGUUCAGUAAAAUGUAAAUUUUUAAACAGUUCUUUUGGUGAUUUCUUCAUGAUUAAGGAACUGGAUAUCAAAGAGCUGAACAUUUUGAACCUCAAAAAUUCAAGAUUUUUAAACAUUAAUAAUUUGACGGUGGGGAAGCUUUGGGAUUGUGAAAAUGAAGAAAAUUGGAUAACAUUCAUGAUGAGAGUCAGGAAUGCCAGGAACUUGACAAUUAAUGGACUUCAAAAUAUUGAUGACUUCAUGUACAUCAUCAAGAGCUUAAUCAUAUUCACAAGACUAGAAAAGUUCAGCUUUAGGUACAAUCCAAGAAAUAUGAAGACAAUUGUCAGUGAUGACAACGAGACAAUCCCGACUGGAUGUAAAUUUUAUAAAAUUCUAGUCGACAAGAAUCAAAAGACAGUCAAAGUCAGUUCUUAUAUUGUUAAGAAGUGCAAAGGAAUUCUUGGAAUUUUGAUUCGAUAUUUUAAGGAUUUUGAGUUUUUUGAGUUCUGCUUCAAUGUGAUGAUGAUGAAGAAGCUUGAUGUUGAGGAACACAAGAUUGAUAUUCGGGAAUUUUAUGAAGCUAAGGCGGAAGCUCCGAGAAGUGAGAGACGAACUUUGAGAAAUUUGCCAGCUAUUAAUUAUAGGGAAUCUUUGAGGAACUAGAAAUUUGUGGUUUAAGCAGGCGCGUAGCCAGGAGGGUCUUCUCCCCCCCCCGCCCCUUAAACAUUUUGAACCGGAGAGUGAGCACGGCCUUAAACACUUAAGAAGGGGACAAGACCCUCCUGGCUACGCGCCUGGGUUUAACCCAAGCAAGUUGAACAAACCUAUUUGUCAAAAAGACAUGCGUUUAG